AUGGCAGUAUUAGCAGAUUAUCAAGUCCAAUUUCCUGAAAGUGGUGAUCUUUACUCUAUACUAGCAGCUGAAGGGAUUGAGUUUCUUUUGUCGCAUAGUGGAGAGGUGCCACUGGAAUAUAUUCACGGGAAGACGGUUAGUCUCUUCUUUUCUGCAAACUGGUGCAGGCCUUGCAAGGACUUCACUCCAGAGCUGGUGAAACUCUAUGGGAAUCUUCAGAAACGAGGAGAAGAACUCGAGAUCAUCUUUGUCUCAUUUGAUCAUGAUAUGACUUCGUUCUAUGAACACUUCUGGUGCAUGCCAUGGCUCGCAGUUCCCUUCAAUUUAAGCCUGCGCAACAAAUUAAGGGACAAGUACAGGAUUGCUCGUAUCCCGUCACUGGUUCCUCUGUAUCCAGAUGAAAUCUCGGUCGCUGAAGAUGUAAUUGGUCUAAUUGAAGACUAUGGUCCCGAAGCAUUUCCUUUCACGAAAAAGAGAAAAGAAGAACUCAAAGCCAUCGAUGACUCCAAACGCAUUGGAGGACAGUUGGAGAAACUCCUUACACAUGAAUCCCGGAAUUACGUUGUUUCCAGAAAUGGAAGUAAGGUACUAGUUUCUGAACUUGUGGGCAAGACCAUUGGGUUAUACUUUGGUGCACAUUGGUGUCCGCCUUUUCGAUCUUUCACUUCUCAGCUCAUCGAUGUGUAUGAUGAGCUUGCAACCGCCACAAAAGGGGACUUCGAAGUGAUUUUAGUCUCAACAGACAGAGACUCAAGAGAGUUCAACAUCAACAUGGCCAACAUGCCAUGGCUUGCAAUACCUUACGCGGACAGAACACGCCAAGAUCUUUGUAGAAUCUUCAACAUCAAACUCAUACCUGCAUUAGUCAUCAUAGGACCCGAAGAGAAAACGGUGACCAUAAACGCGAGAGAGAUGGUAUCGCUGUAUGGAUCGAGGAGUUUUCCUUUCACAGAAUCGAGGAUCGCUGAGUUAAAAGCUUGUUUGAAGAAAGAAGGCGAUUCGUUGCCAAGGAAAGUGAAGGAUAAGAAGCAUGAACAUGAGCUAAAGCUGGAUAUGGCGAAAGCUUAUGUGUGCGAUUUCUGCAAGAAACAAGGUAGGUUUUGGGCGUUUUCUUGCGAUGCUUGCGACUAUGACCUUCAUCCUACAUGUGUGGAAGAACAAUAA